UCUUCAUAAGUUAUUAAUAAGAUCACUAAAAUUAGUAACUAAAUUAAUUAAGCAAGCUAGAGAGUGUUGGAAACAAAAAUGGCUAGCAAAGUUUUGUUUUUGUUACUCGUUUUAGCAAUUUGUAGCACUUUUGUGUUUUGUAAUGCGGGUGGUUCGAAGAAGAAAUCUCAUUACAAACACAAAGGUGGUUGGGGUCACGGUCAUGGUCACGGACCUCGUGGUCAUGACUCAUAUGAGCCAGAAUAUGAUGGUGGCUUAAAGAAUGACUUUUAUCGAAAGAGUUGCCCUCGUGCUGAAGAGAUUGUACAAACUGUUACAAGUAGGCAUGUCACGAGUAACCCAAAUUUGCCUGCAAAGCUUAUUAGGGUGCUCUUCCAUGAUUGUUUUGUUCGGGGAUGUGAUGCUUCUGUUUUGUUAAACUCGACCGGAAAUUCAACAUCGGAGAAAGAUGCAAAUACCAACAGAAACUUGGAAGGGUUCAACGUUAUUGAUGAUAUUAAAUCAGAAAUUGAGAAAGAGUGCAAAGGAAUUGUGUCUUGCGCUGAUAUUUUGACUCUCGCUACUCGGGAUGCUGUUUCUCUGCAAUAUGGGAGGCCGUUGUGGAAGGUGCCCACUGGAAGAAGGGAUGGAACAAUCUCAAUUGCUUCAGAGGCUUCAGCUAAUAUUCCUUCCGGUGCCUCUAACUUCACGGUCCUUGUUAACAACUUCGCUAGUAAAAACCUCACCGUUCGUGAUCUCGUUGCUUUAUCAGGUGCGCAUACAAUAGGAGUUGGUCAUUGCAAUUUUGUGAGCAGAAGACUAUUCAACUUCACUGGAAGAGGAGACCAAGACCCAUCAUUGAACCCAAAAUACGCCGAUUUUCUAAGGACUCAAUGUAGAGACCCAGCUGAUCGUACAACCACAGUUGAAAUGGACCCAGGAAGCUCCCUCUCGUUCGAUAACCAUUACUUCAAGAUCUUAAAAGAACAUAAGGGUCUUUUCGUAUCCGAUGCUGCCCUCCUCACCGAUGAUAAAGCACGAGAAUUCGCUUUACAACUUCUCAACCCUAAAAUGUUCUUUGAUGAGUUUGCUAAGUCUAUGGAGAAGAUGGGAGCUAUUGGUGUACUCACUGGAAGUCAAGGCCAGAUUAGGAACAAAUGCAGUUUGGUUAAUUAAUUACUUUACUUUAAUUCCACUACGUACAUUGUCAAUAAAUUUCAUUCUUAAUUUAACAUUUCGUACUACGUAUAACAUAAGCGUAACUAUACUAAUAUAGUAUGUAAGAUCUUGUUGUUCA